UUUUGGUUUGAAACAUCCACAAAUCUCGCAGAUUGAUCACCCAAAAAAGAGAAAAGAAAGCGAAAAGAUUCAUCAUCAUCAUCAACAACAACAACGAAUCCCAAUCCAAAGUGUUUCUAAGCAAAAAAGAAGAGAUCUUUAGGUCUAUUUCAACAUAGAUCUAAAGAUCUCCUCUUCUUCAGCCAUGUCAUCAUCAAGCUCACCAUGCGCAGCAUGCAAAUUUCUCCGGCGAAAAUGCACUCAAGGCUGUGUAUUCGCACCGUAUUUCCCACCAGACCAGCCUCACAAAUUCGCUCAUGUUCAUCGAGUCUUCGGCGCAAGCAACGUCGCUAAACUCCUCAACGAGCUGCCGGCAUCUCAAAGAGAAGACGCCGUGAAUUCAUUAGCUUAUGAAGCCGAAGCUCGUCUUCGCGAUCCAGUCUAUGGUUGCGUUCGAUAUAUAUCCUUAUUGCAAACAAGACUCAAAGAAGUGCAACUCGAUCUUUAUAAUGCGAAGAAAGAGCUUGCCGCCUAUAUCGGCCCCUCGGCAUUAGCACCUUUUAUUUCUCCUCAGCUCGGUUUCACUCUUCCUCCUAAUUCCAUUGCUCAGUUUGGUCUUGGACCAAUACAACAACAACAACUUCAACAACAACAUCAACCUCAACAUCAACUACUACUGCAGCAACCAUUGCAGCAGCAGCAGUUGGCUGAGCAGCAGCAACAACAAGCUUUGUUGGCUGCGAGAGAACAGGAGAUCAUGAUGAUGAGAUUCAAUGGUUUAUAUGAUGGUAGUGCUUCUUCUUCUCAAGAACUUGUUUUAUUACCUGCCGAAGAUCAUCAACUCAAUCUCCAUCAUCAACAUCAUCAACAUCAUCAACCAAAUCAACAACAACAACAACAACAACAACAGUUUGUAGAGCAACAACAGCAGCAGCAGCAACAAGGAAUGCAGAAUGAAGAAGGAAGGAAUGGAGCAGGACAAUGAUUUUGAUCAUAUGUGUUUCAUUUGGACAAGUUUUCUUCUUCUUCUUCUUCUCUUCCAGGUUUUUUAUCUCUCUUUCUUUUUGAUCUUAAAAAAAAAAUGAUAUAUUUUGGAUAGUUCAAGGACUAUUGAUGUGUAUAUAUGAUCAUGUGAAGAAGAGAGAGAAAAAAAAAAAGAAAGAGAGGAAGAAGUUAAUUGAGUAAAUAGAAAGAGUUUGUGAAGAAGAUGACAGAAGACAUAUGAUCAUAUAUUCUCUUUCUUUGUAGGAAAAAAAGCCUCUCAAGUCUUUAUGGCUACUGUUCUACAACCUUUUCAUACUUCUUUUUUGCUCCCCCUCCCAUUCUUCUUCUCAUCUUUCUCAGCUA